AUGACAACAGUGAAGGACCAGCCUGCCGGGACUCUGCUGGGCAAGCGCCUGAUAGUGCUUGCCGUGUGCAUCUAUAUGACGCGCGCAAUCCUCGGUGUCGUAAAGUGCAUGCUGGAUAUUGCGCUGAUAUCGUCGGUGGUGCUCAUAAUGGCUGCAUUUUACAGUGCCACGGGGAACCUCGACAGCAAAGGAGUGCCAGCAACGGCGCUAGCCAAGCUCGAGGCCCUGGUCGACCCGAUGUUCGCCCAGGCGGCCGAUCGUCUGCCGGCGUUGUCAGGACCGCUCCAGUCCAUUGCCGGUUAUAUUUACGCAAGCCCAGACGCGUCCUCAGGCCAAGAGCCAUUUGACUGUGGGGAGUGCGCGCAGGCUGCACUAAGACAUCAGCGCCUGUUGGACUGUGGCCGUGUUAUCGGUCGGGCGAUUCUGUGUGACGCUCAAGAGGGCUGCGGGUUCUUUGACAACACAGGCGUGUGCGUUCCUGGCAGCUGGCUGAACCCCUCGCAGAACCACACGGCUUCUGGCGACCUCUGGCGGUACUACCACGGCCAGUGCUACAUCAGCACACGCGUCGAAUUUGUACUCUUGCCAGCCAUCCUCGGCACCCUGAUUCUGGCGGCUGCCAUCGUCUCCAUCUGGCGGUACUUCACUCUCAAGACCUUUGCGCACGGCUGCGACAACCACGGGUACCUGGAGGCCUGCACAGAGAGCGACCGCGAGUGCCAGCACCACAGCGACGAGCACACCCCGCUGCUGAUUGACAACGACCCGGGGUCGCGAGCCAGCGGGAAGCGGCUGUCGAACAAGUCGUCGAUGCUGAGUCCGGAUCCAAUCGAGACAGCAAGAGCGACGCAGCAGGCGUGGGCCGAUCGGACACCCGGCAACGCAUCGUUCGAGGAGCAGUACGGGUCGUGGGCCCAGCGCAGUGGCCAUAUGGUCCAGCCCCCGCCGGGCCCUGGCAACUGA